CCCAUUCGGCGCGUGGGAUUUCCAAUCCAAUCCAGGCAUCGACAGCCACCAUACCAGCUCAUCGAUCACGAACUACUGGCUAGGAUUUUCCCAUUUGCUUUAUAAAUUUCAAGAAAUCGCUCCGCCAAAGUAAAUUAAGAUAAAUUUUAAUGGCUUUAUCCUCAUUGGAUUCUCUUUUGUUGAUUUCUUCUUCGCUUCAGUUUUGUUUUGUUAAUCGAUUUUUAAUUUCAAUGCCUUCUCAUCAUCAGAUUCUUAGUCAACCUUUUACCCUUUUCUGACAUAAAAAGUAAAAAGGUACAACACAAGUCGUUCCAGCAUGGGUAAAAGUAAAACUCAGCGUAAGAAUGCGGCAAUGUUAGAUAGUGACGAUGAUACUUGCAGCGUAAGUUCAUCGUCAGCCAUGCGUUCUGAUCGAAUGUCGCUAGCUGGUAUCGAAGAAGUAGAGUUUAAUAAGGAUAGUUUACUUGAUGAAGCUGUUGACGCUCUGUAUGAAAAGAGGGGUUCUACACGUGAGAAGGCCUUGUCCGUGAUUAUCGAGGCUUUCAAUAGCAAUUUGCAGCACCAGUUCGUGGAGAAGAAAUUUGCCACAUUACUGCAUCAAUGUUUGAAUUCCAUCAAAAAGGGGUCAAGCAAAGAGAUAUCUUUGGCAUCCCAUAGCAUUGGUUGUUUUUGUGAAGCCUUCUGCAGCUGUAAUAACAGCAGUUGUGUCUGCUUGGUCAUUUCUUUUGACAACAUAUCCAAUGUUGAAAAGAGAAUGUACAAGUCUCCAAAUUCUGCCCUCAACAAAGCAAGAACCCAGCUAUUGAACAAGCAGCGGAUGCUAUCUGCAGUAAGUAUCUUCAUUGAAGUUGAUUUUCCAAAUGCUGUAUUAGUGAAGUUCAUUGUGAAUGCUUCUGUGUAUUCAGGGUAGAAACAUUGGGCACUAUUCCGUUAAUGGAGGUGAUGAAGAUUCUUAAGCUGCUGCCUGCCAAGCCAAGGCAGGACCACCAAUAGUUAACAUGCUCGCCUUUUUUAUAUUCUUUGUACGCCAAUAUAUUGAAAUUCAAAUAUGUGUAACUGAGAAACUAGGAACCAUCUUGAGGAAAUGACUCCAUA